AAAAAAUAUGGCUCUGGCAAGUGGGCACUGGAUUGAAAUGAAUGUCUGCGGAGAUCCACCAAGACCUCGGUAUGGACAUACUUUGACAGUUGCAGGCAAUAUAGCAUUUAUUUUUGGAGGUUGCUCAAUCAGCAGUAAUCUGGAGGAGAAUCCAUUGUAUCUCAAUGACUUUUACAUGCUUACAAUUACUUCCAAUGACUUAACAUGGGAGGUAAUUCCCCAGGCUGGAAACAUACCAACACCCAGAGAGGGUCAUGACAUGUUUAUAGUGAAAAGAAAAAUAUAUUUAUUUGGAGGAUGUUGCGAUAAAAGUGCAGAACAAUGUCUCCCAGGAAUGUAUGCAUGUGACCUUGGUACACUAACCUGGGAGAAGCUGAAAGUAAAUGGAGCUGCUCCCCAAACCCUGAGCCACAGUAUUGCAACUGUUGGGGAGAAUGUUUUUGUUUAUGGUGGCAUUCAUCAUGGAAGAGCUGUUGAUGACUUGCAUAUGUUCAAUACAAUAUCUGAAACAUGGGUACCAGUCAAAACAUCCGGCUCACUUCCUGAGGCAAGGUUGGGACAUUCAUUUGCUACUGUUGGACAACAGAUAUAUAUGUUUGGAGGUAGUUCUGUGGAUGGCGUGUUCUAUAGUGAUGUGUAUAUGCUGGACACAGCUACUUUAACUUGGCAGUGUUGUGAGAUCAAAGGAGAAACCCCAGCUGGAAGAAAAUACCAUUCAUUCACAGAACACCAUGAUAAGGAUAUUUACCUAUUUGGAGGCAUCGCAGAGUGUGGAAAUGAGACAGAGAUGCUGAAAUGUGAUGUCAUGAAAUUAAGUCUCGCAAAGAUGAAAUGGAAGACGCCACUCUAUUUUGGGGUUCCACCAGCAUCUAGAUAUAAGCAUACGUCUUUUGUUCUGCAAAGCCAUCUGUACAUAUUUGGUGGAAGGAAUAAAGAAAGUGACUUCAAUGACGUCAUGGCUAUGAGGCUCAUAAACCCAUCAGACAGACAGCCAAUAAUGAAGGACAUUCUCCUUGAAUGUGGUAUUCAAGGCAUAAGCAAUGGGUAUGUACUUUGGAGACAGGCAAUCUGUACAUUUAAAUAUACACCAACUAAAAUCCCAAAAGUGAAAUAUCAAUUAAGUGAACUACAGCCAGCAAGGUUCUCUGCUGCCCAGGCGAUUCCUGAAUUUAAAGAAAGCAACUUUACAUUUGUACGUGGCCAAGCAAUUGAAAAAAUAAAAUUGGCCUUUACCUUACUAGAUUCGGAAUUUGAAAAAUUUGAUCACGAAAGGGCAAAUUUUGCACAGGAGAAAGCAACGUUUUAUCAAGAAAAGGAAGAAUUUAAAAGGCAAAAUAAAAUUCAACAACAGGAACUCCAAGAAAUGUUGGAAAAACAUAAGACACAAAACGAAGCUUGGCUCAAAGCAAGAGCAGAGGAAAACGAUAAGGAAAGACGAGAGAUCAGUAAACUGAGGGAUGAAAUUCUUCUACAGCAGAAGAAGUUGAAAGAAGAGCAGCAAAUGAUUGAAAAACGCAAUCAGCAGUUGAUUUCUAUCAUGCAGCAGUUCAAAGGAAUGUGAACACUGAAAUGUUCACGUCAGCGGUAUAAAGGAAAAUCUUAAUCCAAUAUUUUCAGCUGUAUGUUAAA